UUUAGAGAUGCGUACUAUAGUGAAUAAUACAAAUAGUAAACGAUAUAUUCUGAUGAGAAAAUGGGAUUUGACUUUAGCAAAUCAAAAUCCAAAGCUAGCUAACAGACAAAUUAAGAGUUUAGAUUAAUUUGCAUCUCCACUGAUGGGCAUCGAUCUUUCUCUCAAGUUCGAGGCCGAGGAAAAGGACAAAGAUGAAGAAGGAUCAAAACAUAGCUGCAGUGAGAAUAAAGAAGACGAAGAACAUGAUGCUAGUAGCGGUGAUGAAGAUGAACAAAUGGUGAAAGAAGACGAAGAAGAAGAUUCUUGUUUAGGUUCAAGAACCCGGGAAGAAGAGAACGAACGUGAAGAGAUCUUGCAGCUACAGAUCCAGAUGGAAAGUGUGAAAGAAGAGAAUACUAGGCUGAGGAAGCUUGUGGAGCAGACUCUUGAAGAUUAUCGUCAUCUGGAGAUGAAAUUCCCGGUCAUCGAUCAAACCAAGAAGAUGGGUCUUGAAACGUUCCUUGGAGCAAAAGGCAAAUGGUGUGUGGAUAUAACAAGUAAGGCUCGGAAAAGAGGAGCUGAGAUAUCUCCAUCCGUGGAAAGAGAAUUAGGGCUUUCGCUAUCUCUACAGAAAAAGCAGAAACAAGAAGAGAGCAAAGAAGCUGUUCAGUCUCAUCAUCAGCAAAGAUACAACAAUAGCAGCUUAGAUAUGAACGCGCCACGUAUCAUAUCAUCUUCUCAGGGGAAUAGAAAAGCCAGGGUGUCUGUGAGGGCGAGAUGUGAGACGGCAACGAUGAAUGAUGGAUGCCAAUGGAGAAAGUACGGUCAGAAAACCGCAAAAGGGAAUCCAUGUCCACGAGCUUAUUACCGAUGUACCGUGGCUCCAGGAUGUCCCGUUAGGAAACAGGUGCAAAGGUGUUUAGAAGACAUGUCAAUACUGAUAACAACCUACGAAGGAACACAUAACCAUCCACUUCCGGUGGGAGCAACAGCCAUGGCAUCUACUGCCUCCACUUCUCCAUUCUUGUUACUCGAUUCCAGCGACAACCUCUCUCAUCCUUCCUAUUAUCAAACUCCUCCAAUCAUAGACUCAUCUUUGAUCACAUACCCACAAAAUAGCACCACCAACAACCGAACCAUACGAAGCUUGAACUUUGAUGGUCCAUCUAGAGGAGAUCAUGUUUCAUCUCCCCAAAACCAAUUAAAUUGGAUGAUGUAGAGUUCCCAUGUCUCUCAAUCGUCAACUAUGCUUAUUCAUUCCUUUGGUUCCAUUAUUUUACUAUUAAGUCAAGUCAUCAUGGAUUCUUUGCCUAUUUCUUGUUCUUGUUUCUUAACAUUUGUGUUUGGUACAUAGAAAAUUGAAAGUUUGAGACUGUUUUAAUUCUUUCUAAUGUUAGUAACGGUGAUUGAGCAUGUUAAAAGAAACGUGCACCAAAAUAACACACCAAAAAGAUCAAAAGACUACAGAAGCAAACCUCAACACGCUCUUCUCUAUCUUUGCAAUAGAAUCCUUUUUAUACAUAUGGUUUAGAAAUCGUCCAAGACAUUAAUUGAACCAAAUUGAUCUAAUAGAAACCUAGUUAAAGAGGGUUUUUAGUUUGGCACCUAAUUGAACCCAUCCAUUCUUUAUAUUUAUGUCCUGUUUCAACAUCCGACGCAGCAUUAAUAAAGAUCGUUGAUGUUACGAAAGAAUAACAUUUCUACAAACUUCCCAACAUGUGAUGAGCUUUUUUUGUGUCUCCUCCAGCUUCUUCAAGAUAAUUUACAGAUAAUUAAGGGAAA